AUGGCCGGGGAUUGCAUCCUGGAGCGGACGCAUCAGGAGCUGAAAGCCUACAACAGGGUUUCAGAUCUCAUCAACAUGCUUUGCCAGAUGACGGGCCACAAGCCGUGCCGCCUGGUGCUCUUGGACGGCCGCACGCGGCUGCAGCCGUCGCAGGCCUUCAAGGGCCUUUGGCCGCCCUUGGAGGACUUCGAGCUGCAGUUGAUCGUGGCGCCCGGCCCAUCCUUGGACUUGGGCCGCGAGCUGACUUUGAAAUGUCCUGAAUUUCUUGAGGUGCGCCGCGAGGGGCCUCAUCAGCUAGCAGUGAUUUUUCAGCGUGGAAGGCUCUUGGAACAUAUCCAGGAGGAUGUGAUGUUACACCACCGCGUGACCCUGACCACCCCGGGCUGCUUCGGGGAGUUACACAGCACCAGUACGGAGCUCGUGGGACACGACGUGCAGAUUGAAGCCACCGUGGAGUUGCAGCUCGAGGAUUUCUUGAAUCAUCCCAUGGCUACUGGCUUCAAAGAGUUGAAGAUGCACUACGGUGUGUUGGACCUGGACUUUUGGGCUCGGGGCGAGUUCCAUUCGCACCUGGGCGGCUGCAAGCGAAGCCGUCCCUGCCAGGCAGCCAACCUGAGAGGAAUGCUGCAGACGACUGUGAUGCUGAUGCUCUACUGGUUGGUAGACCUCUACAGCAUGGUCUCGGGCAUUUGGCUAGCAGUGGUGAUGACGGCCGAGGGUGUGCGGCAACUGCUACUGUUGCUGGUGACUCUCUGGCUGCCUGGCCUCGUUUGGUCCUUGCGCUUCCAGUUUUACAGUGGUGGAAGGACGUUUCGUGGUUUGUUCGCGACGGGCUUGUGCCUUUUCCACUGGCUUUUCGGAAUCAUUUGGAUAUGGCAACCCGCUGGCUUGAUAAUUGCCAGUGUGGUUCUGCCUGCCUACUUCUCGUACAAAAUGAUGCUGUUGCUGCGGCACUUGUGCGGCCUCUCGAACUACGAGCCACCCUUUCCGCUGAAUCCGGACAUGUUCGCGCUCUACGAGAUCUACAUGCGCGACGUUCGGGGCUUGGGCGACGCGCCGAGAACGGUGCUGUUGGUGUCCAUGUUCGUGUUUCCUGAUGAUCAACUGCCACAGGCAAAGUUGCAGCCGGCCCUGGUCGGUUCCGUGCUGGCCCUGCUGGUUGCCAGCUUGCCGCAUCGUUCCAGGAUGCGCUGUGAAGCCUGGAGCUACUUCGACAACAUCAUCAUGGCCCUGGAGCCCGAGGACUGCGGCAGAAUGUGGGCCAUGGCCAUGGGAUAG